AUGGAUGUCGUCGCGGCCGCCUCGGGGUACAUCUCCAAGAUGGUCACCGUGGGCGAGUCCUCAGGAGCUUCCAAGAUGAAGAUCUUGCUUCUUGAUAGUGAGACAGUUCCCAUCGUCUCGACUGCCAUCACCCAAUCCGCCCUGCUUAAUCACGAGGUCUACCUCAUCGAUCGCCUGGACAAUGCCGCGCGCGAGAAGAUGCGCCACCUGCGCUGUCUGUGCUUCGUGCGCCCAUCACCCACCUCGAUUCAGUUUCUGAUUGACGAACUUCGAGAUCCUAAAUACGGCGAAUACUAUAUUUACUUAAGCAACAUCAUCCGCAAAUCCUCCCUCGAGCGGCUCGCAGAAGCCGACAGCCAUGAAGUCGUCCAGUCAGUGCAGGAACAGUUCGCCGACUUUCUGGUCAUCAACCCGGAUCUGUGUUCUUUAGGUCUGGGCUUCCCCUUGAACCGGAUAUGGAGCCAGUCGCCCGAUAUGUGGAACCCUGAUUCCCUACAAAGAGCUACCGAGGGUGUAUUGGCCCUGCUGCUUUCGUUGAAGAAGAAUCCCCUCAUCCGAUACGAGAAGAACAGUUUGUUGGCCAGAAAGCUGGCGACAGAGGUCCGAUACCACAUCACGCAGGAGGAACAGCUGUUUAAUUUCCGCCGGACGGAUACACCGCCUAUCUUACUUGUGCUUGACCGCCGCGAUGAUCCCAUCACCCCGCUGUUGACCCAGUGGACAUAUCAAGCUAUGGUGCAUGAAUUGCUUGGCAUCAAUAAUGGCCGCGUGGAUCUUCGGGAUGUGCCAGAGAUCCGACCAGAGCUCAAGGAGAUUGUCUUGGCUCAGGACCAGGAUCCCUUUUUUAAGAAGAAUAUGUAUCAGAACUUCGGUGAUCUGGGGCAGAAUAUCAAAGAAUAUGUGGAGCAAUACCAGACCAAAACGCAGAGCACUGCGAAUAUUGAGUCUAUUGCGGAUAUGAAACGUUUUGUGGAGGAUUACCCCGAGUUCCGCAAGCUCUCGGGUAAUGUGAGCAAGCAUGUUACUCUGGUGGGUGAGCUUAGUCGACGCGUUGGCGAAGAGAACCUCCUCGACGUGAGUGAGCUGGAACAGAGCUUGGCUUGCAAUGAUAACCACUCCAACGAUCUCAAGUCACUGCAACGGAUUAUCCCGUUACCGAAUGUGCCAGCUGACAGUAAGCUGCGCCUGGUGGCUCUCUACGCACUUCGCUACGAGAAACAACCCAACAAUGCCCUCGCAAUCCUCCUUGAUCUCCUUACCACAGCGGGUGAUGUCCCAGCCAACCGUGCGGCCAUUAUCCCCAAGCUCCUCACCUACCACCACUCCCUCCAAGCGCCACCAGUCGCAGGCGGCUUUUCAGACCUCUUUGAAUCAACAUCCUUCUUCGGCGGUGCAAGAGACCGCUUCAAGGGUCUCAAGGGAGUAGAGAACGUCUACACCCAGCACUCACCUCGUCUGGAGGUAACCCUACAAAAUCUCAUCAAAGGACGACUGAAGGAACUACAAUACCCCUUCUUGGAAGGCAGUGGCCACACAAGAGACAAGCCACAAGAUAUUAUUAUUUUCAUGGUCGGUGGUGCCACGUACGAGGAGGCCAAGAUGGUUGCCCAGGUCAAUGCAAGCUCCCCCGGAGUGCGUGUUGUCCUAGGUGGCACCUCUAUUCACAAUAGUACAACAUUCCUAGAGGAGGUUGAUGAUGCUGUGGGUAGCUGGCCGGAACCGGAACCCUCGACAGCUGCAGGUCGGCUGCGACGGGAGGUUGGUCGAUAA